AUGUCAAACUUAAAUUUUUGUCAGAUUUUCCAUAAUAAUUUCUGUAAUAAAAUGGGAAACUCAGUUGUUUGCGAUGCUUCUAAAACGCCAAAUGAAAGCCUUAUCAAUUUAUCCGAACCGUGUGUAAAAUGGAUAACAACGGAAAAACAACAACCUCAACAACAAGAACAACAACGACCUAAAAAAUUAGAAAAACCCACAAUUUCACAAAUGGAACUGUCAGAAGAGACUUGGAGGAAACGAUUGAUCAAAUUAGACCAUCAACAUUCGAUAGAAAACAAUCUAACGACGGAUGGUAUAAACAAGAUGUUUAAUAAAGUCGAAGAAGAUAUCGGUGGUAAAGAAAAAAUGGAUUGUCAUUCGCGAAUGAUUAUCGAUUGCUUGAAAGAGAACGAGAAUACGGGGAUAAGUAUAAUAAAAUGCAAACAGAUACUCGAUGAAUUUAUUGAAUGUACUGAUAUGGCGCGGUCAGAAAAAUUAAAACAGAUAUUAAAUGAUAAAGAACAUUUUAUAAAACGUGAAAUACAUAUAAAUGAAUAA